AUGAGCGACGAGCCGCUCUCGCUCGAGCUGGCGGCCCUCAUCGCGUCGCUCCACUUGUCCGACCUCGCGGCACUCGGCGACUCGCGCAAGGGCAAGGCGCGUCAAGGCGAGGUCGACGACGAGGAGUGCGCGUGCGCCAUGUACGCCAGCGAGCUCGAGGCGGUCGAGCAGGUCGAGGCCGACCGUCGGUUCGCGCUCUCGUUCGAGUCGGCCGGGCACGCCGACGGUCCCGUUCUCGACGAGCUCUCGGCGCAGGAGGAGGUGGCGAGCUACGACCACGAGAUCGCCGUCGCCGUCUCUCGAGGCCGCACCUUCGAGCAGGCCCGUCGCUCGGCGACGGCGUCGCGCUCCUCGUCGUGCUCCGCCUCGUCUCGAGCCAGUCGUUCGACGUCGCUCACGCGCCCGAGCACCUCGUCGCCGUCACCCGGGCUCGACGCGCCUCCUGUUCCUCCUCUGCCGUCGACUUCCGGCCCUCGCGCGCCCUGCGUGAUCUGCACUGAGCGCGUCGCGUCGCACAGCGCCGUCACGGUCCCGUGCGCCGACCAGCACGUCUACUGCGCCGAGUGCCUGUGCGCCCUGUUCCGGGCCGCCACCCGCGACGAGUCGCUCUUCCCGCCGCGCUGUGACGGCGUCCCGAUCCCGGUCGCCCUCGUCGCGCCGCACUUGUCGCCGGCCGACCUCACCGCGUUCGAGAAGAAGGCGAUCGAGUUCCGCACGCCCGACCGGCUGUACUGCGCGACCGCGACGUGCUCGGCGUUUCUCGGCCCGACGAGCGAGACCAAGCGCGGCGUCGAGUGCGGCUCGUGCGGCGCCCAGACGUGCGAGGCCUGCAAGGCGCCGUGGCACGGCCUCUUUGGGCUGUGUGGCGCGAGCGGCGACGACGAGGCAGCGGCUCUGCUCGAGCGCGACAUGCACUUCCGCCGCUGCCCGGGCUGUCGCCGCGUCGUCGAGCUCGACACGGGCUGCUUCCACAUGACGUGCCUGUGCAGCACCCAGUUCUGCUACCUCUGCGCCGCGCCGUGGAAGACGUGCACGUGCCCUCAGUGGGACGAAGACCGUCUCGUGCGCGCGGCAGAGGUUCGUGUGCAGGCCGAAGCUCCGCACGUGCGGCCGGCUCCGCAGCUCGUCGAGCGCAUGGUCGAGCAGCUGCGCGUCAACCACGAGUGCGCGCACCGCUCGUGGUGCUACCGGCCGGGCGGCGGGCAGUGCCAUAGCUGCUACAACCACCUGAGGGGCUACCUUCUUCGUUGCCGAGGUUGCCAAAUGACCGCCUGCGUCCGGUGCCAGCGCAACCGCCUGUAGCU